AACCAGAAGCUGCUGCUGGAAAACCAGCUCUUGCGGGAGAAGACGUGUAACCUUGCUCUGGAGAACCAGGAGCUUCGCUGCCGCCUGGGUUUAGAUGCUCUGAAGACGGAGGAGGAGAGCGAGUCCCAGGUUGUGAAGGAAUCGCAGGUGGAUGAGAUUAGAUUGGUGACCGGGUCCGCUGAGUCCGCAGCACUCAGACUACGUGUUUCUGCAGCAGGUGCAGGCCCAGCAGUCACCAUUUCUGAUAACUUCCACGUGGAUUCUGAUGGCAGUGACUCUUCAGACUCAGAGUCUGAUCUCCUGUUGGGCUUUCUGGACAGUCUGGACCCAGAGAUGUUUCUCAAGUAUGCUGAUUCAGGGUCAACGUGCCUGGAAAAGCUGGAGGAAGAGAUCUGUGGAGAAACAAAUUCCAUACCAACCUCCCCCUCUCCCUCUUUGGGGUCCCCAUCAGCUAAGCUGGAGGCCAUUAAUGAACUGAUAAGGUUUGAUCAUGUAUACACAAAGCCCCUGAUACUGGAGAUUCCUGUUAAAAUGGGCAACCAAACCAAUAUGCUAGUGAAAAUUGAGGAAGUAUCUCUCUCUCCAUCUGAAGACAAAGCUAUGCCUGAGGUCCCAGUAUCUGUGAAAGAGGAACCUGUAGACAGCUUCAUGCCUGAACUGGGCAUCUCUCAUCUGCUUUCCUCUCAUCGUAGCCUUGCAGCCUCAAGCUAUCUGUUGGAUGCCUGUAGCGACUCUGGAUAUGAAGGAUCCCUGUCGCCCUUCAGUGACAUGUCCUCUCCACUUGACACUGACCGUGCUUGGGAGGAUAGCUUUGCUACUGAUCAGUGUCUAACUCAGUAGUGUUAACUCCCCUUGGGUAACUAUCCUGGCAGGAUAACACGAUAUGCCCCUUUUGGGGUAUAUGGGGGAAAUCAAGUGUAUUCGGAAAAGUGUUGCUCAUUUCUACCCAUGCUAGUAGAUGGAAUGAUGGCCAAUGCAAUUCUCCUGGUAUGAAAA